AUGGCUCAGAGAUUCAGCAAGGAUCCAGAGCUCAUUGAUUUUGCCUACAGUAACCUCAAUGGUGUUCCAAAGGGCUCGGACGACUAUGAAAAGAUGAUUUCAGGAAUGCACUACGACUGUUGGGCACCUGAGCUGAGAAUAGCACGUGUGAAACGCCAUGAGAUGGCCAGGCUUUACGGUGAUAUUCACCUCAAAGACAAGAGCGAGGAGGAGUUCACCAAGGAAAGGUAUGACUACAUCUGUAAAGUGUUUGGUAAAGUAGGCAAGGACGUGUAUAUGGAGCCACCGUUCAACGUUGACUAUGGGUUCAAUAUUAGCAUAGGGGACUACUUCUAUGCAAAUUUCAACAUGACCAUAUUGGACUGCUCCAUUGUUAAGAUUGGGAACUACGUGCAAUUCGGACCCAACUGUGUGUUAACAUGCGCCACUCAUCAUUUGGAUCCCGUGGAGCGGUGUCAUAAGAGUAACGAAUGGGCUCGUGAGAUUACCAUUGGCGAUUACGUAUGGCUAGGCUCGAAUGUCACCAUCUUACAGGGCGCAGUGAUUGGAGAAGGCGCAGUGAUUGGAGCCAACACUGUCGUGAAAGCUGGACAAAUCAUCCCUCCGUUCUCGGUAUGUGUUGGACAACCGGCACGGGUUGUGAGAACCAUUGAGGGCUACGAAGGUAGGGACAAAGUUGGCUUUAGAGAUCUCCAGAGUAGUUAG